AUGGUUAAAGAAUCAAUAAUGGAAACAUUAUCAAUAAUAUAUAAUAAAAAACAUUAUAAUAAUUUAGUUUUCAAAUCAUUUCUUAUCAUUCAUAAAAGAAGAAGAUUGAAUGAGAUGUUGAAUGAUGCGGAAAUGUAUGGAAUGAAAGAGAUAUUAAAGAAUUGGAGAUUAUAUGUAAUAACAUUGAAUAAAUUAAGAGAAAAUGAAAUUAAAGCUAAAAUAUUUUAUGAAUCUUUAUUAUAUUCAAAAUAUUUCAAACUUUUCAAUCAAAUUUUAUAUCGCCGUAACAUCAAAUUUUUUCAUAUAAUGAAGAUGAUAAAAAUAAUAGAGAAGAAUAUAAUAAAUAAUAUAAUAAAGCCAUGGAAUGAUAUAAUAAAAAAUUAUAAAAGAUUACAACUUUGUAAAAUACAUAUUACAAAUAAUUAUCAAAUAUAUUUGAAGAAUAAGAUAAUGAAUGAAAUAUAUAAAGUUUAUAAUAGAAGAAUUGGUAUUUAUUUAUUUGAUUUGUUUAUUUUAAAAUAUUACAAAUCAAUUUUUCUUGAGUCAUUUACAAAUUUUUAUUACAACUCUUUACAGAAAGAAGAACAAUUAUAUAAAAAUAUAAGAAUAAUGAAAAUAAAUAAAUUUUUUGAAAUUUGGAAAUUCAAUUCACAUUAUAAAAUUUCUAUACAUUUCUAUCAAUACAAACUCAAAUCUAAUACUUUUCAAUUCAUAAAAAAUUAUAAAAAUAUAAGAAUAAAAUUAAAAAAAUUAAAUAUAUUAAUAAGAAAAAAUAUGGAAAAAAAUUUAUUGGAAAAAUAUUUAAAUAAAUUAUUAGAAGAAAAUAAAAAGAAAUUAUUGAAGAAAUUUUUAUUAAAUAAUUUUAUAAAAAUAAUUGAAUCAAUUAUAAAAAAAUUUAUAUUUCAAAUUAUGUAUAAAAAUUAUAAAAUAAAUUUAAAUGAAGAAAUGAAUAAUAAUUUAUCAAAAUUACAUUAUGAAAAUAAAUUAAAAUUAAAAAUUUAUUAUAAAUUAUUAGAAAAUAUGAAAAUAAAAUUAAAAAAAAGAAAUUUAUUAACAUUAGCAAUAAUUAAUUAUAAAAGAUAUUUAUUAUCUAAAUAUUUUAAUAAUUUUAUUGAAAAAUAUUUAAAUAAACAAAUUUUCUAUGAAAAAUUAUUAUUUCAAUUUAAUAAUUUUAAAAAUUUAUUAAUCAAACGAUUUUAUUUUAAAUUAUUACAAGAAAAUAUUAAGAAAAUAAUACAAUUAAAUUUUUGCAAUGAAAUAUUAAUGAAGAAUUAUGAAGAAUAUUUGAAGAAAAGUAUAAUAAAAAGAAUGAAAUUUAUUAUUGAAAUUAAUAUUAAUCGUAAAAAUUUAUUAAUACAACAAAUUUACAAUUUUAUUUUUAACCCCGUUACGGGGUCAGGUACUACGGCAACUAACAGUACUAAGGAUAUUAGUAGUACCAUUGGACCAAGCACCGUUACUCCUGGAAAGAGAGCUAAUUUUACAGCCAUGGAGUGUACUAUGGGAAAGGGAGCUAAUAAGGAUAUUGUGGAUACUAUUAAUACUGAGGAUAUUAUUGGUAAUAAUAUUAAGGUAGCCCCUUUCGGGGCUGUUGGUGAGGGAGUUGGUGAGGUAGCCCCUUUCGGGGUUGGUGGUAAGGAUACUAUUGGUACUGUGGAAACUGGUACCGUUGGUUCAAGCACCGUAAUGGAGGAAAAAAUAAAAUUAAUAUAUAGAAAUAUAAAAAUAUUAAUAAAACCAUUAAAAAGUGAAUUAAUGGUAUUUAUAUUAUAUAUAUUAGUAUUAAAAACAAGAUUAAAUAAAUUUUAUAAUUUCUAUUAUAAUUUCUCUGAUCAUGAAUUAAUUAAUUCUUUAUUCAAUUAUUUAAAUAAUAAUAUAAAUUUUAUUAAUAAUAAUUUUAAAAAUUUAGAAAAUUUAGAAAAUAAUUUAAAAAAUUUAGAAAAUAAUUUAAAAAAUUUAGAAAAUAAUUUAGAAAAUUUAGAAAAUAAUUUUAAUAAUUUGAAUUUGAAUAAUUUAAUUAAUAAUUUUAAAAAAAAUAAUAAAAUAUUAUUAUAUCAAUUAACAUUUUCUUUUAUAUCUAAUCAAUUUUUUAUACCUAUACAAUUUUUUUAUUUUUUACAAUAUAUUUUUUUAAUUAUAUUAUUCCCCGUUACGGUGUCUCCCGUAACGGUGCUUGGUCAAGCAGAUUGUACAACCAACAGUACAGUUGUACCUGGUACUAAAGAUAUUAGUAGUAAGGUUAUUAGUAGCCGUGGACCAAGCACCGUAACUGAGGAAAAUUCUACUACUCAUUUUGCUGCUCUGGGAAAGGGAGCUAAUUUUACAGCCAUGGAGUGUACCUCCGGAAAGGGAGCUAAUUCUACCUUUAUGGAGUGUACUACUGGUAAUAUGGCUACUAAUACUAUUAAGGAUAUUAAAGGAGUUAUUAGUGGAGUUAAUACUAGUAAGGAAGGACCUUUUGGGUUUGGUGCUAAUACUAAUGAAGGACCUUUUGGGUUUGGUGCUAAUACUAAGGAAGUUCCUUUCAGGGCUGUUGUUGGACCAAGCACCGUUACGGAGGAAAAUUCUACUAUCAAUUUUGCUGCUCCCGGAAAGGGAGCUAAUUUUACAGCUAUGGAGUGUACUAUUAGAGAUAUAAUAGAUAUAAAUGAUAAUAAUAUUGAAGGUAUUGAAAAUCUAUUAAAUAUUAAUAAUAUAAAAAUUAAUCAUUAUAAUACUAACUUUAUUGAUGGUAUUGAUGGUAUUGAUGGUAUUUCGGAAGGUAUUGAGGAUAUUAACGGUAUCAACAGCAUUUCGGAUGGUAUUACUGAAGGUACUGAGGAUAUUAAUGAAGUUAUGGAAUAUAUAGAAAAUAUUUAUGAUAAUGAAUGUAUUAACUUAAUAUAUAAUAUUUAUAAUACCAACUUUACUAAUAGUACUAAGGAUAGUAAGGAUAUUGGUACCAUUGGAGCCAGCACCGUAACUGAGGGAAAGAGAGCUAAUUCUACCCUUAUGGAGUGUACCUCGGGAAAGAGAGCUAAUUCUACCCUUAUGGAGUGUACCUCGGGAAAGAGAGCUAAUUCUACCCUUAUGGAGUGUACCUCGGGAAAGAGAGCUAAUUCUACCCUUAUGGAGUGUACCCCUGGAAAGGGAGCUAGUUUUACAGCUAUGGAGUGUACUACUAAUAAUCCCCUCUAUACUACUAAUAGUAUUAAAAAAAUGGAAUAUGAAAUAUUAAUGAAGAUACCAAUUUGGAGAUUAUUAAGAUAUAAAUAUUUAAUAAAAAAAAGAAAAUGUAUAUAUAAUUAUUGGUAUAAAUUAAUAAAAAAAAAUAAUUUGGAUGAAAAUUUUUUAGAAAAUUUUAAUAUAAUAAUAAAUUUAAUAAAAAAAAAUUAUAUAAUAAUAUAUUGGUAUAAAUUAUUAUUAACACAACGUGAAAAUAAGAAAUUAUUAUUAGAAGAAAAAAUAAAAUUAGAGCAACAAGAAAAAAUAAAAAUUUUGGAGAAUAAUAAAAAAUUUUAUCAUAUUAUAAAUAAUUUAUUGAAAAAAUAUUUAUCAAAAUAUUAUAUAAUUAUUUAUUAUAAUUAUUUAAUAAAUAAAAAUAUAGAAAUGAAAUAUAUAAUAAAAUGGAAUUGGAAUUAUAUGAAGAAAUAUGAAAUAAAUUAUAUAUAUAUAAUAAAUUUAAAAAAAUUAAUAAGAAAUUGGAAUAUAUAUACAAAAAAUAAUAUAGAAAUAAAAUUAAUAUCAAAAGAAUUUAAUAGAAUAAAUAUAUUAUAUAAAUCAUUUAAAAUUUGGUAUAAUUUUACAUCAAUAUUAAAUAAAAAACAUGAAGAAAAUUUUUUAAAAAUUAAAUUUAUAAUAAAUUUUAAUAAUAAAAAUUUUUAUUUAAAAAUUUGGUAUCAAAAUUUUAAAUUGAAUUGUAUUGGAAGGAAAAAAUUAUUAAAAUAUUUUCUUAAAUGGAAUAAUUUUAUUAAAUAUAAAUUAAAAUUAUAUCAACAAUUUGAUAUAAUAAAUUUUAAUAUGAAGAAGAAUUUGUUAAUGAAAUAUUAUAAAAUUUGGUAUGAAAAUUAUGAAAAAUUAUUAAUAGAAGAAAAUAAUUUUAUUAUAAUAAAUAAUAAAAUAAAUAAUAAUUUAAUAAAAAAAUAUUAUAAAAUUUUUAAUAAUUAUAUAAAAAAACAAAUAAUAUUAAAAAAUAUUUAUAAAAAAAUUUAUGAAGAAAAUAAUUUAAGAAGAAAAAAUAAAAUUUUUAUUAUAUUUAAAUUUUUAUUUUCAAUAAAUAAAUUAGAAAUUUUAUUAAAUAAUUUAAUAAAAAAUUAUUAUAAAAUUUUUUAUGAAAAUUUUUUAAAUGAAAUUAUUUGGAUAAAAAAAUUACAAAAUUAUAAAUUUUUAUAUAAAUUAAUACAUUAUCAAUUUUUAGCACCUAAUAAGGUAUUAGAUCCUAAUAGUAUAGUAGAUGGUAGUACAAUAGUAGAUCCUAAUAGUACAGUAGAUGGUAAUACAAUAGUAGAUCCUAAUAGUAUAAAUGUGAAUAGUAUAGUAUUGGGAAUUAGAAUAUUGAAUAAAAAUGCAUAUUAUAAUUUAAGAUAUAAAUUAUUAAGAAAUAAUUGUUUGAAUAAAUUAAUUUUAAAUUAUUUUCAUGUAUGGAAAUCUUUAUGUAAUAAAUCAUUUUUUUAUUAUCAAAUUAAAUUUGUUUAUUUUUAUCCCGUUACGGGGUCAGGUACUACUGGAGAGGUAACCAAUAGUACUACUAGUAGUUUUACUAAUAGUAAUAUUAAGAGUAUUAAAAGUAUUACUACUAUAGAUAGUAUAGUACCAUACACCUUAAAUGAAGAUACGGGAAAGGGAGCUAAUUUUACAGCCAUGGAGUGUACUAGUGAGAAAAAUAUUAAUGAAAUUGCUGUUGUAACUAAUUUUGGGGAGUCGAGUACUUUUAUUGAGGAUACUGUAGAGAUAACCAAGACCCCUUCGGGGAGAAUAGGAUCCGUAGGACCAAGCACCGUAACGGAAGUAACGGAAGAAUUAAUUAAUAUAAGAAUAAAAUAUAUAAUGAAAUGGUGUAUCGAGAUAAUGAAAUAUUGGAAAAUACAAAGUGGAGUAAUAAAUUUUGAUGAAGAAAUUUUGAAAGAGAUUUAUAUAUUUAUAAGAACAAAUCGUGUAAUUGAAGCAUUAAGAGCAUUACAAGAAAAUUGUCUAAUAAUAAAUUUAUUAAAAGUUUGUAAGACAAGAGUUGAAGAUUUUAUUUAUCAUAAAAAUUACAAAUUAAAAUAUAAAAUUUUUAAUCAUCUGAAACAAUUAGAAAAUUUAAAUUCAAUAUGA